GAGACGGAAGCGUUUUGUCAGAGGAGUCUUGUGUUUCUCCCUUUGCUUUUAGGCAUGCUGUUCCUGUUCCCGCUCUGCGGGGAAAGGCAUGCUGUUUUCUCCACCUCUGGAUGGAGUCUGUCAGUCUUCCUUGCUCGGGACAGCGUUUGGAAAGCUGGUGCUCUCUGGUUCCCAUCCACAUCUCUUGGGAAUGCUCUGCUCCUUUUUCUGCCAUCCCAGGCUCCCCCUUUUGUCCUAGAGAGAGAAGAUCUGUUUUGUCAGAGGAGACAGCACUAAUACCUGUUUCACUGUACUUCCCCAGAAUGUCCACAGACCUGUCAGAACUGUUGAAGGAAGCUACCAAGGAGGUGCAUGAGCAGGCAGAGAACACACCGUUCAUGAGGAAUUUCCAGAAGGGGCAGGUGUCACUCCAGGAGUUUAAGCUGGUUACAGCAUCCCUGUACUUUGUCUACUCUGCUCUGGAGGAAGAGAUUGAACGUAACAAGAACAAUCCAGUUUAUGCCCCUGUGUAUUUUCCGGCGGAGCUGCACCGCAAAGCUGCCCUGGAGGAAGACUUGAAGUACUUCUAUGGCAGAAACUGGAGGGAAGAGAUCCCAUGUCCUGAGGCUACUCGGAAAUAUGUCGAGAGGCUCCACUACAUAGGCAAGAACGAGCCAGAGCUCCUGGUGGCCCAUGCCUACACUCGGUAUUUGGGAGACCUGUCUGGGGGGCAGGUGCUGAAGAAAAUUGCCCAGAAGGCUCUCCAGCUGCCCAGCACUGGGGAAGGGCUGGCUUUCUUCACCUUUGAUGGCGUCUCCAAUGCCACCAAGUUCAAGCAGCUCUAUCGCUCCCGCAUGAAUGCUCUCGAGAUGGACCUUGCCACUAAGAAAAGAGUCAUGGAGGAGGCCAAGAAAGCAUUCCUGUUAAAUAUACAGGUGUUCGAGGCGCUGCAGGAGCUGGUGUCCAAGGGCCAGGAGAAUGGUCACCCUGUGCAGCCAAAGGCAGAGCUGCUUCGCACGAGGAACAUCAACAAAUCACAUGAGCAUGGUCCAGCAGCUGGGAAGGAAAGUGAGAGGACAAAGACGAGAAACACAGACAUGACACCCACCACUUCCCUGGUGCGGUGGAUCGUGGCGCUCAGCUUCCUCGUCAUGACAGUCGCCGUGGGCUUAUUUGCCAUGUGAAAAAGCAGGACCUUCACCUUCUCUCUGUGACUUCCCUCACCCUGAACUAAUCCACCUUCUCCAGUCCUUGUGAGAGAAAUCCUGGACUGGGUACUGUGAUCUUGGUUCUGCCACUAAUACUAGGAGACUUUUCUCCCCAGAAAUCAAAGAGUGCUGUAAGUGGGUUCAGGCAAAGUCUCUCCUAUGCUCAGUGUGAGCUCUUCUCAGAGACUAACUUUAUCACCAAAAACCAAGGGUAGAAAAGGCUGAAAACUAUGGCCAAGAGUUGUCGUUGCUUUACAGAGUGCCUACAAAAGUCUUACAGGAUCAGAAACACAGCUUUGACAUCUGUCUUUCCUUAGAAAGAUGGAGCUCAUAGGAGCUCUGUUUGCUCAGUUUUUUUAUACUGCUAGAUAAUACUGUGAUCACUUUCUCUGUGGAGCCACAUGGCUCCCAUGGGUUACAGACGGUUUUACAUGACACUAGUAGGUCUUUGUUAUUCCUUUUUCCAAUCAUUUUUGGUCUUUUAAAAACAAAAGACAAAAGUUGUUGAAGAUAGAGUGUCAUUCUUGUCUGGUUGUAUAAUUUAUGCACAUAAUAAAUUUCAAUGUAAAGUCUU